AUGUCGAACGCGGGUAUGAAAGACGAGGUCCUAGAUGAUGAUGCAGCGUCCGUUAGAACUAUACUAAGCGAUGCACCACCCGUCCUUCAUACGCCUCCGGAAAGAGAGAACCUGAUUUCGGCAUUCUCAAACGACAUUGGAAAGGAUAUUGGACUUGGUCAGUUGUCAGAAAGCGGUCGUGCUCGUGUCAUGGCUCGAUUCCCGGAUCUUUUGAAAGAUUUCAGUCUUCGGCUGGAAAGCUUCGUUUGGUCGGACAAACAACAAAAUGCGAGAGAUUUUAUCCGGCAACAACGCGAUCGUAUCACAAGCCACCUUCGUAGGGUCCAUAGUACUGCGGAAGCAUCACAGGAUCCCGAUCUAAGCACGCUACCACAGCAUUGGAUGUCUGUUGAUGAGAAACUAGCAUACUGGACAGACGCUGAAAAUCGGAAAACCCCCGGCCCAAAGCUUGAUCAAGACAGAGUUCUGGAACGAGUUGCAGAUGAGGUAGUGAUCCUUCCGAGUUAUCAGGAAGUCCGACGGUUCUUGCUGGGUGGUUCAACUUAUAAAUGGUUUAUCGAACGCGCCCAGCUGGCCGCAACUUUGACGGACAGAAAAGGCACUGCUAUAGAAACGAUCGCACACAGUAUGUGGGCAGGACUUGAAUCAGAUUUGAAGACGAGACCUCGAUCAAAUCCUCUAUACCACAUAACUUUCGAGCUAGACUGGGACCUUCCCGGCUUUUUACAGAGCCAAAAGUACGACACCGCUGCCCAGACCGCCAUGGAGAGCGUCAUAACGAUUACAGGAACAGGCGAUAUCGCACAGGCGUUAACGUGUGGUGACUACAUGGACCAAGUUUGGCCAUUGAGUGGGCGCAAUGUUGUUCGCGUCCUGCAAAUGGCCGCCGCUUCGCCGAUGGAGCCUUUUCGGCCGUACGCAAUCUUGAAACCCCAUUUUCAUGGCGUAAUCAGCAAAGUUUCUUUUGUAGGGUCUCAGACGCAAGUUCUAGCACUUGUAGAUCAAGCCUCUGGAACAGAGCUGUGCGAGCAGUUGUCUUGGCUUGGAUCUGCUUUCAUCUCGUCCCCGAUGCUAACCGGAGUUGUCCACACCUCGCCUUAUAUCGAUCAUGCAAAAGUUGGGCAUAUAUUGCGCGUUAGGAUCAAGUUCAAAGACACUCUCCCCCACGAGAACAGGUAUCCUCAAGAGUCUAUCAGUUCCUGCUGGCACGCAAUGUUUUGCAAUCCUACCGUCGUCGAAGGGUUUCCAGUACUGGCUCGAGAUGACAAUGAACAAGGACUUCAACUCCCCUUCAGCAUGUUACACACUUUGGCCGAAGUGCAAUAUCUCACAUGUUACAAUGGAACGAUGAUACUCAAAGGGCUUUGCACUUUACUUGUGCCGACGCGCAAAUCGGAUCGCUCUGUCACAUGGCAUUUCCUUCACAAUGACGACGGCACCGAGAAUUCAAAUUACGAGAGGAUUCAGUGGGCUGGGGUGAAGAAAUGUACUGCUGGCUUUGCGAUUGAACAAAAAGUGACAAUUUCAGUAAGUAAAUACAUCGGUGCAAGUGGUUCUGUCAUUCGAGGCAAUCGAGAUAGGCCUGAGUAUGUGAAACAUUCUACAUACUCAAUGCAGAUUGAGAGUGCACGGAAUAUUCCUGUUCUCAUCUACGAUACUGCAACCCAGCAGGCAUGGUUGGUCGACGGAGCAAGUGCGCUCCUACAUGUUGCUCGAACACAGGUCGCCCAGAAACCUUACGGAGGAGAGCGCUCUCUCUUCAAUAAUCUAAAUUUCAACUCGUCUGAAUUUAGCCAUCCGAGGGCAGAAGGUGGUCCAGAUGCGGCUCUAGAUGCUUUGAGAAAUGACCUCAACAUGAAGCACAAGAUUCUUCGAGAGUUUGACUCCUAUGCUGAGGAAAAGACAGCCGUGGGGUCUCUCACAGUUGCCGCCAACGGUGCCAACAUACCGGCCGCAGGCGAUUCAAAAGGCUCGAGUGAAGGGAACGAAGAAAUUUAUAAAACGACUUGCUUUAGGGAGCUGACCUCUCAAAUAUGGAGCACAUUGGAACAGAUAUAUGAUCGUCAGAUGGAAGAAACAACUACCCACGGCUCCAAAAAUCUACAAAAUCCGUUCAGAAACAUGCUUGAGGGUUAUGAAUUCAUGGGAAUUGUAUCGUCUAGACACACUCUGACUCGACGGGCUAUCAAUCUGCAAGCAAAUGGGGUAGCGUGGCUGCAUAUGAUUAACCGUAUCCACUCGAUUACCCUGUUCGGCAAAUAUUUCGGCGAAUUGUAUCGGCCAACGGAUCUCGUGAAGAAGAAUAUUUGCAAGCAAUGGAUGAGUGUCCCACCCGGGCUCGAGUAUUUAGCCGUGUCGAUGUCGCUCCUGAAAGCCAUUAAGCAGAACAGCGUACAGGAAGGGGAAGUCGAUAAAACUUCGAACGAGAUAACCGAGGGUAUUUCCUGGUCCCCGUCGAAAGAUAUGUUCAAAAUUUGUGAACAUAACUGCAAUCAUAUCUUUUCAGGUCGCGUACAGAAGCUUUACAGGAAAGGGAAGCAGCGCGAUUCAGGAUCGUCAUUUGAAACAUGUCCGCAAGACGGCGCGGCCUUGUUCGGCGAGAACAGCCUGCUAAACGGCCAUAGGAUGCAGCCGUUAGCACCUGUACAACUGCAACCGGAUAGCAACGUCCACGACAGUGGUUUGGGAACGAGCAUCGAGACAUCUUCAAAGACAAUCCCGUCAACUUAUAGUGGAGGGGAGUCGGACUUAAACACACAGGAAAUGCAACUGUCGGACGAAACCCCAGGCACAGCAUCAUCAAUGUCAUCUCCACUAAGCUUGAGUGAUAGUGUCAUUCAGGUUGCCGAGAUUACAGUACCGAUAAGCGCUGGGGAGACUUCUCGGAUUGCUACCACUGAUCUUCAGCCACCAUUGCUAGACGCAAAAGCCAAAGCCGUGGGUAGAGUUGCAAUCCCUGCUGCAAAAACGAAAACAAAAGCCCCUACCGCGAAGAGAAGUCUCUCCAGGAUGUGGCGGAAAAUCGUCAAGAAAGUGCGUCAGCACUAA